AUGGUAAACGCUAUAAAUAUUCUAUUGCUCUACGGGCUGGUCGUUUUUAGUAGCUCGGAGUCUACAGAUCCUGAUGGCCUUAAAAACUACGGAUAUCCAAGGCUGCUGCGGCCGCUGGGAAUCGAAUUCACUGAGUACCUUAAAAAUGCAACUCUGAAAAGAAACUCCAGGUUGGCCAAUAAGGAUGACACGCUAUGUCUAAAGGAAUUGGAAGCACUAAUGAAGGGGCUCUCAUCCAGCGAAAAUUGGGCAUUAAAAAUGAUGGAUUCAUGGGGUAAAAUUCCCUCUGGACUUCUGACCGGCAAUACCUGGGAUCUCGGAAACUUUGAUGAGUGCCUCUCAAUUAAUCAAGUGAUCGGCAGCCAGAAAAUAAGAGGAAAGUACUGCUUUCUCAUCGCCAACAAAACGAGAAUCGCAACUUGUUUUCCAUCAUCAUGUUCAUCCACUCAAAUGGAACCUUUUGUAAAGGGACUUCUCCAUAGAAUACCUUACUUUAAUAGCUCCGGCAUAACUGUAAGGAUCAGUGAAGCGGGCUGCCAAACGAGUGAAGUUGACCCUUGGGAUGGACUUACUAUUGCCACCAUGGUGAUUAUAUCUGUGCUGGCUGCCAGUGUAACCUUUUUCACCAUAUUUGACUACUUCUUGUGCGAAGAUCAGAGUGAAAUUCCAGUUUGGGUAAAGGCUUUCUCGGCUCGGGCCAACUCCCGCACUCUUUUCCGUGUCGUGCCGAGAAACUCAAACCCGAAUGUGAUCGAAUGUUUCCAUGGCAUCCGCUGCAUGUCACUCUUUUGGGUUAUCUUCUGCCACGAACUCAUAUUUACUCUAACUUCACCUACUCUAAAUACGGCUGAUGUUUAUUCCUGGUCCGUGGAACCUUUUGCCAGCUUUGUAGUUCAUGGAUACUUCGCAGUAGACUCAUUUUUCGUCCUUGGAGGUUUAUUGGUAUCCAUGAUUGCUCUACGCUCUAUGGAGAAAUCUGGGGGAAAGCUUAACCCGUUACUCAUGUAUCUGCAUCGGAUAUUACGCAUUAUGCCGGUCGUAGGAAUGGCCAUACUUAUCUACAUGACAAUGAUGCCUGUUGUCAGUGGAGGACCAAUGUUCAAAAGUGGUUAUCAUGGCAAAGAGGCUUGCGAAAAGGGUUGGUUCUUGACUUUGCUGUUCGUUCAGAAUUAUGCAGCACUGCACAUUUGUCUCGAUCACACUUGGUAUCUGGCGGUGGACAUGCAGCUGUUUCUCAUCUCACCAAUCCUGUUGAUUGCUCUUUAUAAAUGGGGAAAGCAGGCGGCUGCUGGAAUUGCUGUACUUGUGGCUUCGCUAUCGGGUUGUCUUUUUGCCACUCAGAUGGUCAACAAAUACUCGUUGCUUAUUAAAAAUGACGCUGAUGAUGAUGGGGUUGCCAAUCAAAAGUUGUACUUGGCCACGCAUACCCACGCUGCACCCUGGCUGAUUGGAUUUCUAUUUGGCUAUUUCCUGCAUCUGAAUCGCGGCAAGAAGUUCCAGUUGAGCCGACCAGUUGUGUGGAUGGGUUGGAUCCUCAGCCUGGCGAUGCUCUUCACCUCGAUCUUCGCCCUUUAUCCGGCAGCCCAGUUUAGUGCUCCGCCGCUGUCCACUGUGGAGGAAUCUCUGUACUACACCCUCACACGAUUGGCUUGGCCCUUGGCCAUUUGUUGGGUCAUUUUCGCCUGCAUGCAGGGCUAUGGAGGUCUGGCCGACAGUUUUCUCUCCUCACCUCUGUGGCAGCCACUUUCGAGACUCUCCUACUCGAUGUACAUUUGGCACAUGUUCGUUCAGGAGGUGAACAGCAGGAAUGUCAGGACAAACACUUAUUUCUCGACUUAUUCAAUAAUGGAACAUUUCUGGUAUGAUUUAGGAUUUACCGCCCUUAUGUCCUAUGUCUUGUACCUUUUAGUCGAAGCUCCUCUAUGUGGAUUUGAUAGCCUACUGCGGCCCCAAAGGAAUCCUCCUGCUGCCGAUCAACCAAAGCUUAUUUCCAAUCAGACCGAUGUAGAGACUAGAAAGGAAGAGAAUCCUAUUGAGACUGAGACAAACCCAAUGGCUAAUUCAGGUGUACAAAACUAA